AUGCUCUCGCAAACGCCAGCCGUCGCGUUCGCGAACGCGACGAGCUCGACUUUGUAUCCGCCGAGGAGACUCGCUCGCACGUCCGCGAUGUGGUCUCAACGCCCUCCAGCAGUGAUCUCUCCAGGAGCCUCUCCUCUGGGAGUGCGGGCCUUCGAUUGCUCGUACUCGCUGCCGGUUCCCAUGCACGCGCUCGCGGACCGCGGUGCUCGUUCCAAGCUACGCAGCCUCGCCACGGACGCGUACCCUACCGCGCGGACUUGCAGCGUCGAUAUGAGUGUCUUCUCGACACGUCGUGCACGUCUCGAGAGCCCUCCAGCAGACAUCCCUCCUCGGCGGGCUCCAGCCCUCGGUCUCUUGUGCACGCUAUACCUACUCGUGCACACGCCUGUAGAUGACGGUACGAGUCCCUGUCUGCUUGCGCGCGCGACGUCAACAUCCGCAUUCGACGACGCCUAA